AUGGCUUCCUACACUCCAAGAAGAAUAUAUAUGAUCAUCAACUUCAUUGUCGUGAUCAUCACCAACAUACUCUUCUUCUCGAUUCACAAGCCAACUGCAUCAAACAAAGGAGAAACGAUGACCGGUCGAGACCAUGAGCGAUCAAGAAUGGAGCAUUGUGUUGGACUCUUCUUUGAUCCUCCACCACCUCCAAGAUGGCUCUCCGAUGAUGAACGCAUGAAGAAUAAGGUUGAUAAGAAUCUUUGUAGGGAUAUGCUUUGUGCGGUUGACGAGAUACGAAAUAAAUGGGGUACCAGUGAUCUAGCAUCCCACUCACAUAUUGCGAUUGUUUGUGAUAUGAAACUUUAA